UGAUGCCUAAUUAUAUAUCCUAUUUCACUAUAAGUGCAGAAAGUAUAAUAUAGUGCCACUACAAAGAAUUAUAAAAAAAUGAAAGAGUAGCCAUAUAGUAAAGUAAUAGUAGUGUGUCACGAUGUUUGUAAUUUUAUUAUAACUUGUUCAUUUCUUAGAUAUCACAAAUUGAAUAAAUAUCACUAAAAAAUGACGCUAUAUCACUUCGGAAAUUGUUUGGCAUUGGUAUACGUACCAUACUAUUUAACUUACAAAUAUUCUGGCUUGUCGGAGUACGGUGCCUUCUGGAAAUGCAAUCAAGCCGGUGGUAUUUACAUAUUCACGCAGCUCGUAAAAAUGCUAGCACUUGCAACAUUUUUUCCAACCGCUGACAACGUGGGAGAAGAGGGCUUUGAUAUCUUUGGAGAAUUUUUAAAGUCGUCUAUUGAUCUGGCAGACUUAGUAGGAAUUUUAUUGGUACUAAAUAGUAUACCUGGCAAAGGGCAUGCCAAAGUAUUAACUGCUGGUAUAGGAUGGGCAGGAGCUGAAGUACUGCUUACAAGAUUUUUAUUGCUCUGGGUUGGAGCGCGUGGCGCUGAGUUUGAUUGGAAAUACAUUCAAAAGAGUCUUGAAUCAAAUAUCAAUUUGGUGCAACACAUAACGACCGCAACAUUGGUUUGGUUAUGGUCUAGACAUGAUUUACGGCGUGGUUUAGUUCCUAUUGUAGUUGGUAUGCUUGUACUUACAAUAUAUAGGCCACUCAUGCUAGACUUUCUUUCAUCUCUUUUAUUAGCUGGACCAUGGUCAACACUUAUUAUUAAGGCGAUCACUACCUUUUUCAUCGGUGCAACAACGUUGCAUAUUUACGCAGGUCUUGCGCAUUCAAUUGGAAUUUUCUGAAAUUCAUAUAUGAAUUUAUGUACAUAUUUAUUGUAACGAUUGUACGAUUGCAUUAAUCGUGUUCUAUUUUUUAAUAAUACCAUAAUUGUACAUUACAUAAUAAAUGCUGCUGUUGUUGCAUUU